UGUAAUGGCCAAAAAUCUAUAAAAGGGGGAUUCAUCACCAUCACUCAGAGGUUCUUCUUUUUCUUCAAUCGGUAGUAUUCAUUUCUUAAGCUCCAGAUUAGUCGAAUCAUCCAUGGCUGAAUGGGCUCAUCUCCCCAGGGAUCUCCUCUGCCUCAUUGCUCAACGUUUCGAAACUCCUUUCGACACGAUGCGUUUUCGAUCGGUGUGUUCCUCGUGGAGAUCCGUCGUCAACCCCAAACGCCAUAGAUCACCGGGUCGAUUCCCGUUUCUUCCAAAUCACGGCAUAUCCGACACCACAUGGGGUUUCUAUCUCACCAAGCGCUCCGUUUUUCGUGUUGAGUCUCCCAUGGAACCCUCAAUAGGGGACACAGACGGCUGGUUGAUCAAGGUCGAAGAAGAUACGCGCGGAAUGAUUAAGAUAUCAAAUCCGAUGUCAAAAUCUUACUUCAAGCCAUUGCCGAAAGAAUUCCCCAAGGUACUGAACUUGUUGAAUUUUUCGGUUAAUGAGCUUUGUCAGGAAUAUGUGCUGCACUACCUUAAUUUUUGGCCUGUGAGUAAUCGCCCCGGCGAUGCCGGCGACUUGUAUAGGGAGAAAGUCGCUUACAAGUGUUUGAAUUACGAUGGAAGUGAAUUUAUUUUGGUUACUAUUCAUGUUUCUGGAAGAUUGGCUAUGUUUAAGUCGGGGGAUGGGCGGUGGAGUACGGUUCCGCACACUGCGUUGCCUUAUGAUGAUGUGACGUUGUUUAAGGGGGAUUUUUAUGCGGUUGAUAAUUCUGGGGCCACCUUCCUUGUGGAAUCUCAAGAUAAGGUCACUUUGGUUGCUGAAGCCGUAUUUGGUGGCGACAAGAAGAUUUUGUUGGAAUCCAAUGGUGAACUGUUGUUGGUGGAUAUGUAUUUAACCGUAGACUCUGAAGAGAACUUUGGUUUGGAUGGUGAACUUCCUGAAGGUAUUCUACAAGAAAAAACAGUUGGGUUUAAGGUGUUUAAACUGCGCAAGGAUGGAAUUAAGAAGUGGACUGUUGUCCGUGACUUGGGUAACACAAUGCUGUUCUUGGGCGAAAAUUGCUCUUUUUCUGCAUUGGCUUCAGGUUUAUAUGGUGUUAAAGGAAAUUGCAUAUUCUUUACUGACGGUUUCCUCUGCUGCAAUGGGGACGAAGAAGAUGUGUUUAAGGGCAGUGACAUUGCUAUAUUUUUCUUGGAGGAUGGAAGCAUAUUACCUUUAUGUGAUUGUUCCGAGUAUUCAAACUUGUUCUGGCCACCCCCACAUUGGAUCAUAUCAUCAGGAGUGCAUGAUGAUCACUUGGCAGCCGUGUGAGAAGUAGGAGAACACAUUUUCCUCUACCAUUUGUUAAGCUGAACUCCACUCACCCUGCUGGGUCUAUUCAAUUCCAUCUUUCAGCUGAAGGUAAUCUGUUAAUAAAUAAAGUAUUUACUUCAUUAAUUUGAAUAUAGUUUGCUUUGAAGUGUCUAGCUGUUGCUCUUGCUAACCUUCCAUGGAUGUGAUGUGGGUAGAGGAUCUUGAUGAUGGGCUUGUAAAUUCCCCUUUAUUGUACUGGACAUGAAUCUUUAAUUGAUAUCAGUAGCUUUAGCUUAUCGUUUCUUCUUUUUCUUUUUGACCAAGGCUUAUGGCCUCAUGGGGUACUUGGAAUUGAUUGAGCCUUUCUCUAUCUAAUAAAAACUUUGGUGGAGAUGGUUUUCAUUUA